UUUCAUUUCAUUCUCAUUGUCGUUCACUCUUCCCUCACAGAUUAAGAAGUGCCGCAUUGAGGAUGAGCUUGGGCGCCGCAUGGACUUCGUCCUCGAUGCCAUCAACACCGACCACAUAUAUAUAAGCUUCCACUCCCUCGACAUGCUCCACUCCCUCGGUAUCAACGGCAUCCUCGGCAUCACCCAGGUCACACAUAUAUAUAAGCUUCCAUUUCCUGAACUCACGUUUUCUGUUGGGGUAGAAAGCAGAGAAGAACGAAGGAGGAGUUGGUGGUGCAAGAAGGGUACUUUUUCUAAGAAGAGACGAAGCUCACAGUGCUCAAAACAUCCCUCUUCUUCAACGGUGAUGGCUUCGCUGUCUACGAUUGCAAGGGCGAACUCGUCUUCCGCUCCGACUCCUAAGGUCCCCUCGCACGUGACAAGGACAAGCUUGUUCUCAUGGAUCCCCAUGGUCGUUCUCUUCUCACCCUCCGUCGAAAGGUACAAUUUCUUUCCCUUUCUUUUGGUAACAAACCCGUAUUCAGCGUGAAGAGAUCAUCGAUCAUUGGAAGGUCGAGGACGAGUGUGGUCGUGGAGGUGUACGAUAGCCCCGGUGUGGAGUACCUCAUUGAAGGGUGCUUCCCGUAGCGGUGCUGCAAGGUUUUCAAUGUCGCUAAGGAACUUGUGGCUCAGAUUCGUCGCAAAGUGGACCCCGCCACCAGCGUUAUGCUCGGGAAGGAAGUCUUUUGGCUUUGCAUCAAGCCUGCUUUUGAUGCGGCCUUUGAAAGAGUAUGUUCUACUCACUGAUCGUUUAACUUAUUUGAGGAGUUCCACUACAUUCCCUGUUACCAUUAUCCAACAGGUAAAAUGAAUGGUGGCUUCCCUUCAUUGUGGGUUUUUGUGCUAGUGGGGGAUCAAGGUUUUCUUGAACCUUCUUGAUCAAUCUUGGACACUUCGUUUAUUUUUCUUUGUGGUCGACAAAAAUGGGAAUGGUGGCUUCGCUGAGUUUCUUUCAGCGACUGAGAAAAAUGGGAAAUCCAUAGCUGUUUCUUUCUAUGAGGUUGAUGAUCGGGAGUAGGCCAUGGAUUUAUUAAAUCCAGAGAAGCCACCAAUUUUGGUUUUUGAAGAUCGUGGCAGAAUUCAAUUUAAAGGACUAAGUCAGGUUCUUGUGAAAUCCAUUGCUGAAUUUCAGAAUUUGUACUCCUAUGCAUGCUUUGCAUUGAAGGGAGCUCCCAAAAAAGGAGGAUGUGAACAUGUUCGUAGAAGCCACAUGGGAUUAAUAGUCCAUGUCUUUUCCCAAAAUGGUAGUCUUGUAAGCAAAGUGAAUUUUGUUGACUUGGCAGGUUAUGAAGAUGCUAGAAAGAAAAGUAGUGAUGGAUCCUACCUUGCUGAGAUUAAAAAUUACACGCAUGCGACAGGAUUCGUUAAGAACCCAUCAUUUUGCCAAGACACUAUUUACAUGGUUAGCUUGGCAUCAUGGUCAUGUCAUUGGAUUUGUCGGGCAUUCUUAGAUUCCACCAAGAGAAAUGCAAGUUCAGCAAAACAAAUGGAAACUUAUAAACAAUUAAUUUUGAGGGGUGUCGUCCCUUUUGCACAUUAGGCAUUGUAGCUGAUUAGGAAUGCCUUCCUCCGUGUCAGGUACGAUAUGAACCUUUGCAAGCCUCUUCUCAGUUUGAACAUAUUGUUCUUCCACUUCAUUGAUCAUCAGCUGUGAUAAUGUUUCAGUGCUCUUGAUAUCACUGAUAUUGAAUUUAGGUUAGAAAGAUAAAGAGAAACAAAGAGGGGAGGAGACAAGAAUAAUAUAACACACAAGAUGUUUAAUUUACUGAAUUCAUGUUGCAUGGAUUACCAAGUGAUCCAAACUGGCCUACUUGUUUUUCAUAGCUAUUGGGUGAAAAAUGACAUCAUGCCAUAUGUGUAAUGCAAACUUGAUUGUUUAUAACAUGCCCCCAGGGGAAGCCUUUAUGACUUGCUCUCUUUUUCUUUGGGUGUUGGAUAUAUACCUUUAUGACUACUUUUUUUUCAAAGAGAUUUAAACCCAACAAUUAAAUGGUGGGGUUAAAGGAAUGUUCGUUUCAUACUAAUGCAAGAUUUUCCAUCCAUGUAAAAAUGGUGCCUUUUGUCUCUU